CUGUACAUCAUCCGCCAGGGCGCCUGCCCGGAUAGGUGGACGGGGCAUCUGAGGCUCCACUAAGCGGAGGUGGCUAGGUACCUACCUAAGCGGGGAGCCCGCCGAGCCCGCGAUCCAACACCGCCACAAACUUCCUUUCAGUGGGUAGGUUGGGCGCAAUUCAAGUAAACUGAACGCCCUAGUUGGCCAGUCCCAGCACAUAGCAGAGGUAUCCAUCUUUAUCUAGUCUUGUUAAACAAACCUCCCAGCUUCGUGGCCCUUUUGUUCCAGUUUCUGUGUGCACGCGAGAAUCCCCCUCUCCAGUACAGUUCUACGGAAUCAGAAAGAGACAGCCAAAAUGGAGUCAGUUGACCCAGCCACGGGCCAGCCUUUACCGCCGGAUGCUAUUCAGCGAGUGUUAUUCAUCAUCGGAACUGUCCAUGUCUACAAUAUUCCACCCAUGGUGCCGGGCAAGGGCUAUGUCGCAGCAUCGUGGACCGCCGAUGAGAACAAACGUCAGAUCUUUACUGCGCGGAUUCGAGUUCUCGAGACAGCCGUCCCGCAACCCUCUGGUGAGGAAAAGGUAAAGACGGACAUCGUUCUGGAAGACCAGCGCAACGGCCAAUUAUUUGCCGCUGCCCCUUAUACAGCAGCAGCAGUCGUCGAGCCUACCUCUGAUAGCUCGCGGUUCUUCGCUCUCCGCGUGCAAGAUGGGGCAGGUAGGAAGGCAACGCUAGGCAUCGGUUUCGAAGAGAGAAGUGAUGCGUUUGACUUUGGGGUGUCUUUGCAGGAAGCCCAGAAGACGCUGGAGUGGGCUCAAGGUGGUCCAACGGGCAAGAAACCCCCCUUGGAAAGAAAAGACAGUGCCGAGAAGCGCGAUCUUAGCCUAAAAGAGGGAGAGACGAUCACAGUCAAUCUCCCUGCGAGGUUUGGCAGGCGCAGACCUCAACCCGACGAAGACUCGUCUGGUACGAGCCUCUCGUCUUUCUCACUACCUCCGCCUCCGUCUGCCACGGUGUCGAAAGGAGGAGGAAUACUGCCGCCGCCUCCACCAGCACCUUCAACAAACUCGAGAGCCAAGCGGCUGUCCGCAGCAAACCUAGGCUUCGAUGAUGGGAAAUUUGGCGAAUUUGCCUGAUGCUGCCCUUGAUGGAUCAACAAUUUUGAGCUCCGCGCAACCAAUAUAUGAUGAAUCGUCGAGUGGUAAAGUUCUAGACGUCAAUAGGCUCCAGACGCAAUGAAAGUUCUAUGACUAAGCUUUCUCAGCGAUCCUAGCUAUGGUCUCAUUGAGUGGAGAUAUCUCGUCCUGGGUACAAUGGCCGACAGCCUUUUGAGCCUCGCCGAUUUUUCGUAAUUAUUUCCCCACUACCAUAUUCAAGGUUGGUACACGUUGCCAGAAUGUAGCCCGAUGGAAAUCUUCGAGAACAGAUGAUAGGCCAAGAAGGUGCUGUCGGGUGCUCAAAGAUUACCAACACAAAAGGACAUAGCA